UUUCAGUGAGGAGACUCAUGAGGAGACCCUAUGACGUCUCUGUGGACCAGUAGGGAACUAAGGGUGUGGCUACAUAGAACUCAAGGCAUUCGGGACCAGGGCUCGUCCAUCCUCUAUGCUGUGCAGCUCAGUCUUUGUCAGGUCACGAGACACACAGAAAAUGGUGUUCUGGCACAUACAGAAAUGGAUGAUAUUUACAGGGGUAAUAGGGGUAAUACUAAUCUGUUCCUGGCUGGGGGUGACCAGCCUAGAGUCUUUGGAAAAUCUAGGUCCCCAGAAAUGAGGGGAAUCAAUAUCAUCACAUUGCUAAUCUAUUAAGGCCCAUCACUGGGAAACUAUUCUAGAGACAUCAGAGUUCUUGAACUGUACCUAAAACUGACCAAAAGCAAGUAAAGCUAUUCUCAAAUAGGGCAAAGGAAUGGAAAGCUAGGGAAGCUGCUGAGGCCAAUGGAAUCUGGUCAUGUGUUUUCACAAAGGAAGAUUCAGUGGUAGAACAAUGAGCUACAGAUUCAGAGCCUGCCAUUUUCUGGACAAAAUACAGCUUCCAUGAGUGGGGACACAGGGGUUAUCCACGUAGUGGAGAAAGAAGAGGACCUGCGGUGGGUGUUAACAGAUGGCCCCAACCCCCCUUACGUGGUUCUGCUGGAGGGCUCGCUCUUUACCAGGAAGGUGAUGGAGAAGCUGAAGGGAAGCACCAAUCGAAUCGCUGGUCUUGCAGUGUCCUUGGCCAAGCCCAGUCCCGCCUCAGGCUUCUCUCCUAGUGUGCAGUGUCCCAAUGAUGGGUUUGGUGUUUACUCGAGCUCCUAUGGGCCAGAGUUUGCGCACUGCAGGAAAAUACAGUGGAACCAGCUGGGCAAUGGCUUGGCUUACGAAGAUUUUAGUUUCCCCAUCUUUCUUCUUGAAGAUGAAAAUGAAACCAAUGUCAUCAAGCAGUGCUAUCGAGAUCACAACCUGAGUCAGAAUGGCUCGGCGCCAGCCUUCCCACUGUGCGCCAUGCAGCUCUUCUCACACAUGCACGCUGUCGUCAGCACUGCCACCUGCAUGCGGCGCAGCUCUAUCCAGAGCACCUUUAGCAUCAACCCAGAAAUCGUUUGUGAUCCCCUGUCCGACUACAACGUAUGGAGCAUGCUUAAGCCUAUAAAUACAUCUGGGACGUUAGAGCCUGAUGACAGGGUUGUGGUUGCUGCCACCCAGCUGGACAGUCGUUCCUUUUUCUGGAAUGUGGCCCCAGGAGCCGAGAGUGCUGUUGCCUCCUUCGUCACCCAGCUGGCUGCAGCUGAAGCUUUGCACAAGGCACCCGAUGUGACCACCCUGCCCCGCAACGUCAUGUUCGUCUUCUUCCAAGGGGAAACUUUUGACUACAUUGGCAGCUCCAGAAUGGUCUAUGAUAUGGAGAAGGGCAGGUUUCCUGUGCCGUUGGAGAACAUUGACUCGUUCGUGGAGCUGAGACAGGUGGCCUUAAGAAAUUCCCUAGAGCUUUGGAUGCACACAGACCCUGUGUCUCAGAAAAAUGAAUCAGUACGGAAGCAGGUGGAGCAUCUCCUGACCACACUGGAGAAGAGUGGUGCUGGUGUCCCUGCUGUCGUCCUCCAGAGGCUGAGCCAGUCCCAGCCUCUCCCACCAUCAUCUCUGCAGCGAUUUCUUCGAGCUCGAAACAUCUCUGGUGUUGUUCUCGCUGACCAUGAUACUGUCUUCCAUAACCGCUAUUACCAGAGUGUUUACGACACUGCCGAGAACAUUAAUGUGAGCUACCCUGCAUCGAAGAGCCCUGAAGAGGACCUGGACUUUGUGACAGACACUGCCAAGGCCCUUGCAGAUGUGGCCACGGUGCUGGGACGAGCACUGUACGAACUUGCAGGAGGAACCAGCUUCAGCAGCACUAUUCAGGCUGAUCCCAAAACAGUUACCCGCCUGCUCUAUGGCUUCCUGAUCAGAGCCAACAACUCAUGGUUCCAGUCUAUCCUCAGGCAGGACCUAAGGUCCUUCUUAGGUGAUGGGCCUCUUCAGCAUUACAUCGCUGUCUCCAGCCCCACCAACACCACUUAUGUUGUGCAGUGUGCCUUGGCAAAUCUGACUGGCAAGGUGAUCAACCUUACCCGAGAGCAGUGCCAGGAUCCAAGUAAAGUCCCCAAUGAAAACAAGGAUCUAUAUGAGUAUAUAUGGGUCCAGGGCCCUCUGAGCCCCAACGAGACAGACCGACUCCCCCGCUGUGUGCGUUCCACGGUGCGACUGGCCAAGGCCUUGUCCCCUGCCUUUGAACUCGGGCAGUGGGGCUCUACUGAGUACUCGACAUGGACUGAGAGCCGCUGGAAAGACAUCCGUGCCCGGAUAUUUCUGGUAGCCAGCAAAGAGCUUGAGUUCAUCACCCUGACAGUGGGCUUCGGUGUCCUUGUCCUGUCUCUCAUCGUCACCUACUGCAUCAAUGCCAAAGCUGAUGUCCUUUUCAUCGCUCCCCGGGAGCCGGGUGCUGUGUCUUUCUGAGGAGAACCCCAGCUAUUCCUGCCAGCUCUGUGGUUCAGUUCCUAGAUCAUUUGUCCCACUGGGACAGAAACCACUAGUUUGUCACUGGAACCUCUCUGGGCCUGGCUCAGAAUGGGAUUAACAUAAAGAAGUGGAACUGCACGAAAGAGACAGUGAGAGAAAUAAGUCCCCUCCCCUCCCCAGCUCCCCCUUCCAGGCUUCCCUUUCCCGUGUCUUCUUUCUCCCCACCGCCAGAUUCUGGGACGACAAACAAGCUUCUUGCUCCUGUUUAACUCCUAGCCGCCCACCCUAACGUACCUUCUUCAGGAUCUCUCCUCUACUCUCCACCCUGCCCCGUGCCUUCCUCUGCUCCCCACCCACCUUCUGUACCUGUCCGCCUUCCUGACCAGGAAGGAUGAAUGAGGGUUCAAUGCAGCAACAACUACAAGGAAGCCCUGAGGAGGAGGACGGAGCGCUCCGUGGGCCGAGCCUGCUGUCCCCUCCCGCCGCUGUCCCCAGGCCCUGAGAUGGCGCACCGGGGCAGGUGUGCUGCCGGGUGGGUAUCCCACCUCCAGCCCACAGUGCUCAUUUGUCAUUUUUUAAAGCUGUAAUAUCUAUUUUUGUUUUGUUUUUUUUGUUUUGUUUCGUUUUUUGUUUUUUUGAUGUGUGUGUGUAAAUAUAUCGGGUUUCAUUAAAAUAGACUAUCCCACAUGACCUG